AUGAAGUUAACACGAAUGCUGACCCUCGCCUGUAUGCUGCUGAGCCUGAUGAUUCCACAGGUCCUGCUGGCCCAGAAACCAACUGGCGCGGAAAGCCCUUCGUACUACAACAUCGGUGGUGUGCUGAGCAAUAACGAAAGUGAAUCUCACUUUGGCACGGUUAUAGCGCACCUCAACUUCGACCAACAGUACGUCCCGCGCGGUACUACCUACUACGAUAAGACGAUUCGGAUCGAUAAAAAUCCCAUCAAAACGGCGCUCAAUGUUUGUAAACACUUGAUCUCCCGGAGGGUUUAUGCGGUGGUCGUCUCGCACGAACCGACGGGUGAUCUGUCCCCGGCUGCCGUCAGCUACACGAGCGGGUUCUAUCAGAUUCCGGUCAUUGGCAUUUCUUCCCGUGAGGCCGCAUUCUCGGACAAGAACAUUCACGUGUCGUUCCUCCGCACGGUGCCACCGUACUACCAUCAGGCGGACGUGUGGCUGGAAAUUUUGAGCGACUUCGGGUACACCAAGGUCAUAAUCAUCCACAGCUCCGAUACGGAUGGUCGUGCUGUCCUAGGUCGCUUCCAGACAACCUCCCAGACGAACUACGACGAUAUCGAUGUGCGGGCGACGGUUGAAUCGAUCGUGGAGUUCGAGCCGAAACUGGACAGCUUCAGCUCGUACCUAAUGGACAUGAAAACGGCACAAUCGCGCGUUUACCUUCUCUACGCUAGCCAAGAGGACGCAUACGUUAUUUUCCGCGAUGCAGCCAUUCACAAUAUGACCGAGUAUGGGCACAUCUGGAUCGUCACCGAGCAGGCACUGAGCGCGAACAACACUCCGAUCGGAAUAAUCGGUUUGAAGCUAAACAACGCUGAAAAUGAAACGGAUCACAUAAAGGAUGCAAUUUAUAUUCUCGCAUCGGCCAUCAAAGAGAUGACGGUGAACGAAACGAUCACCGAGGCUCCAAAGGACUGCGACGACUCGGGAGCUAUCUGGGAGUCGGGGAAACGGCUGUUCGGUUAUCUGAAAACGAGAAACAUCCGUGGUGAAACGGGCCAGGUGGCGUUCGAUGAUAAUGGCGAUCGCAUGUACGCCGAGUACGAUGUCAUCAAUGUCCACGAGAAUCAUUCGUUUGUCAAAGUCGGCAGUUUCCACUACGAUUCGGAGAAGCGGAAGAUGCGCCUGAAGAUAAACGAUAGCAGUAUCACUUGGCCGGGAAAUACGGGUAAGAAACCGGAAGGUAUUAUGAUACCGACGCAUCUGAAGGUGCUGACGAUCGAGGAGAAGCCCUUCGUCUACGCACGCAAGCUGCUCGACGAUGAGAUCGACUGUGCGGACGAUGAGGUGGUUUGUCCACAUUUCAACAUCACCAACGGGAAUGAGCAAGAGUACUGCUGCAAGGGAUACUGCAUCGAUCUACUGAAGGCGCUGGCGCAGCGAAUCAAUUUCACGUACGACCUAGCCCUCUCCCCUGACGGUCAGUUUGGUCACUAUCAGCUGAAGAACCACACGACCGGUAUCGGCACGACGGUGAAAAAGGAGUGGAACGGAUUGAUUGGCGAGCUGGUCGCGGAACGGGCCGACCUGAUCGUGGCUCCCCUAACGAUCAAUCCGGAGCGGGCCGAGUUUAUCGAGUUUUCGAAACCCUUCAAAUACCAGGGCAUCACGAUCCUGGAGAAGAAACCGUCCCGCUCCAGUACGCUCGUGUCUUUCCUGCAGCCGUUCAGCAAUACGCUCUGGAUACUGGUGAUGGUGUCGGUGCACGUGGUCGCGCUGGUCCUUUACCUGCUGGAUCGGUUUUCUCCCUUCGGACGUUUCAAACUGUCCAGUAACGACGGAACGGAAGAGGACGCACUUAAUCUCAGCUCGGCAAUAUGGUUCGCGUGGGGUGUGCUGCUGAACAGUGGCAUCGGUGAGGGUACGCCAAGGAGCUUCUCAGCACGUGUUCUAGGAAUGGUAUGGGCUGGUUUUGCCAUGAUCAUCGUUGCCUCAUACACUGCCAACUUGGCCGCCUUCCUUGUGUUGGAACGGCCUAAAACCAAACUGACCGGUAUCAACGAUGCCCGGUUGCGAAAUACGAUGGAGAAUUUGACCUGCGCCACAGUGAAGGGCUCUUCGGUCGAUAUGUACUUCCGUCGGCAGGUCGAGCUGUCGAACAUGUACCGGACGAUGGAGGCCAACAACUAUGACACCGCCGAGCAAGCGAUUCAGGAUGUGAAGGAUGGUAAACUGAUGGCAUUUAUUUGGGACUCUUCGAGGCUGGAAUAUGAAGCUUCCAAAGACUGUGAGCUCGUUACGGCGGGUGAGCUUUUCGGACGCAGCGGGUAUGGAAUCGGGUUGCAAAAGGCAUCACCAUGGACCGAUGCUGUCACUCUGGCGAUACUGGAUUUUCACGAAAGCGGGUUCAUGGAGUCCUUGGAUAAGGAGUGGAUUUUCCAUGGGAACGUACAGCAAUGCGAACAGUUUGAGAAAACACCCAAUACGCUUGGACUGAAGAAUAUGGCCGGAGUGUUCAUACUGGUCGGGGCGGGUAUCGUGGGCGGAAUUGGAUUGAUCAUUAUAGAGGUGGUGUACAAAAAGCAUCAGAUAAAGAAGCAGAAAAAGAUGGAAAUUGCGCGCCACGCUGCCGACAAAUGGCGUGGUACUAUAGAGAAACGGAAAACUUUACGCGCUUCCUUGGCAAUGCAACGGCAGUACAACGUUGGCUUGAAUUCGGUUUCCAAAUCGGUUAGCCAGAACUGUGAGAAAACUCGCUAUCCACUGCUAACGCCGCUGCCCCGCACGCCGGAACGGGCCUGGCCAAAGGAUCAGGAGUAUAUCGUUAACAGGAAAAACAAUAACACUAACAAACCGCCACCGCGUUACAUGCCCACGUACGCCACCGAUGUGUCCCAUUUGAUAGUCUAA